GCUGUUUUUAAUUUUAAUUGUGUUUUCAGUUUGACGAAAUUGCAUGUUUUUUGUUGGUAUUUUUUGAACUGGUCUGAGAAUUUGAGGGUUAGGGGUAAAAUGGGUAUUUGUUAUUCCUCCAGUGGGAAGAGGAAGCCGGGAUGGGAGGGCGGAGACGAUAAAGCAGCAGAUUCCAAGUUUAAGAAGACCAGCUCCGGCGACUUCGCCACUUUUAUUAGCAAGCUAAGCGGCGGCGGCGGCGGAGCAGCAGCAGCAUCCGCCGCCAUAGUGUCGGAAGAGCGGGGACUCCACCAAAUCCCAGGGCGGCUGUUUUCAAACGGAGCGAGUCGAAUCGCCAGCUUGUACACUCAGCAGGGCAAGAAAGGAACCAAUCAAGACGCCAUGAUCUUCUGGGAGAAUUUCUAUAUGGGAGGCGAUUUAAACGCGACGUUUUGCGGAGUAUUCGAUGGCCACGGCCCGUACGGCCACAUGGUUGCGAGAAAAGUGCGGGAUUCGCUUCCGAUUCUAAUACGAUCGCAUUGGGAAAACAAGGACGAAGCAGAGGAAAACCACGAGCACAGUGAGAACGGAGAUUUGGAAGGGAUGAGGCGGUUCGACGAUUUCAUGGAUGAGGAUGGAUGCGAGUCGCUUGAAGUUGAAGCUGACGAGGCGGAGAAAGUUCCGGAAGUUCAUAUCCCGCUAAAGAAAUCGAUACUCAAGGCUUUCAAGUUGAUGGAUAAGGAACUCAAGUUGCACCCUACGAUCGAUUGCUUUUGUAGCGGCUCAACUGCCGUGGCUCUGAUAAAGCAGGGUGAGGAUAUCAUAAUCGGAAACGUGGGCGACUCGAGAGCGGUACUGGCAACACGAGACAAGGACAACACUUUGACCGCUGUACAACUGACCGUGGACUUGAAACCUAAUCUUCCAAGGGAAGCUGCCAGAAUCCAGAAAUGCAAAGGGCGGGUAUUCGCCCUGCAAGACGAACCAGAAGUAGCGCGCGUUUGGCUGCCCAACAGUGACUCGCCUGGCUUGGCCAUGGCCAGAGCCUUUGGUGAUUUCUGUCUGAAGGAUUUCGGUUUAAUUUCCAAGCCCGACGUUUAUCACCAUUCUAUCACCGAUAGGGACAAAUUCGUCAUUCUCGCCACUGAUGGGGUGUGGGAUGUACUGUCCAAUAAGGAAGCGGUGGACAUAGUUGCCUCAGCUCCCGGCCGUGGGACCGCCGCCAGAGCACUCGUCGACUGUGCCACAAGAGCGUGGAGGCUCAAGUACCCCACAUCAAAAAACGAUGACUGUGCAGCCGUCUGUUUAUUCCUCGAAGAAGUAUUAUUAGUGGGGAAUGUUCCCGAAAACGAGAAGAAGGUUCCAGAAGAAGAAGAAGUUACGAACAAGGCCUCCCCAGAAUUACCUCAAGAGACGGUUAAUAAUAUGAAAGAGUGUGAUGAUGAGAUUGUACCGGUUGUUGAGGAGAAGUCGAUUGAUAAAAGUAUUGGGCAAUCCAAACGGAGCUUGGCUGAGUGUUUAUCAACUGCAGAGGACGAGGAAUGGUCGGCUUUAGAAGGUAUUACUCGAGUUAAUAGCCUUCUUAGUUUGCCGAGGUUUUUGCCGUUCGAUAAAAGAUCCACUAGUUGGAGAAAAUGGUUGUGAAUUAAUUUACGUGACGGGGUUUAUAUGCUUUUUAAUGGUGAUUCGAAGAGGCAUUUAUUUCGAUUUCUUGGUUACGUUCGCCUAAAUGGGAAUUGUCUGAUUAGCAACGAGAGUAAAUGAACGAUGCUUGAUUCUGAUAUGAGAUUUUUUUUGUAUGCCUUAUUUGUUUGAAAGUUGAAACUAUAUAUAUACUUUUUUUUUUUAAUUUAUUUAUAAUUUAGAUAGUUCACACAUGUUGGUUGUCUGUAAUCUUUUCCACCCGGCCUCUUUAAGAGAAUGUUACAGGCAUUUUGUAAUUUUAA